AUGCCGGCGGCCGCCACCGUCCGACGCAGCGAGGAGCCGAUGAUCUGGCUGCUGCACGGGCGCCCCGGCACCGGCAAGACCCACGUGCUCAAGUACGUGCGGGAGCUCUUCGAAAACUUUCUGGGCUACGUGCAGGGCAUCGACUUUCAGUUCACCGCCUUCCAGGCCACCAACGCCGCGGACAUCAAGGGCGAGACGCUCCACGCGGCCUGCGGCCUGACCAAAGACAUGGACUGCCUGGAGACAGCGUGCACGCCGGACACCGCCCAACGCAUCGCCCACUGGCGCUGGCUCAUCGCCGACGAGGUGGGCAUGAUCAGCGCCCGGCUACUGGGACAGGUGGAGACCCGCACGCGGCGCACGGUGCCCAACGCCGGCCAGUUCAAGCACGACGCUAUGGGCAACGUCAGACCCUUCGCCGGGCUCAACGUGCUCUUCAGCGGCGACUUCCGCCAACUCCCGCCACCCGAAGGAGGCUUCCUGGCCGACCUCCCCGCCAAGCUGCAGGCGCCCGGCAAGACCGCCACGGGAGCCGCGGAGCGGGAUCCCCUCGUCGACCUCGGACAGGGCAUCUUCUGGGAAGGCGCCGUGCAAGGCGUGACGGAGCUGUUCGAGCGAGUGAGGUGCAAGGACGACUGGUGGAACGAGGUCGUGGACGAGCUCCGAGACGGAAAGCUUUCCGAGAAGAACCACAAGUACCUUCACGGCCGACCGGUAGAGGGCUGCACCCUCUCGCAGGAGGAGCGGCGUUCCAGGAAACGCUUGGUGGACGGACCCC